AUGCAACAGUUUCCUAUCCAAGUAGACCCAGCCCGAACUAAGCAACGAUUACCAAUCGAAGCCAACCCAACUCGAAAGCCCCGUGGACGGCUGCCUUUACGACAUGCCCGAAGUUCCCCGCGAGCGUCGCCGAGUGAGCGUGAUAGUGUGCUCUCUGACUCAGACACACCCAUCACUGGCAAGCCCGUACAGACUCGUAACCCGGUUGGCGACUUGUCUGUAGGACAUCGCGUCGUCGCAACAGAUGAGAAGCCAUCUACUUCCAAGAAAUGGACGGGUGGACUUUCAGAGGCCGAGGCGCAUUUGUUGGUCUUCCUCAAAGAAGUCAAAAACCUGAGCUGGCCAGAAAUCACAGCGAGAUUUCAAGAACACUAUCCUGACCGUAAAUAUGGCACUUUGCAAACAAAUUACUCUCAAAAGAUCAACCGCCGUGACAGAUCACAGGAUCCUGCGCAUUUAACAUUGCCGUCCAUGUACGCAUCAGAGGCUCACGUAGAUUGGGCUAGAGUCUCCGCAAAUUUAAGCAGACCAAACAACCAACCAAGACGGAAGCGGGAAGUCGCUGCCUUGCAAGAAGAGCACAAGCCUCGAGCGUGGUCUGCGGCUGCCAAUUCGGUGCAAGACCAAUUGUCCGAUGCGGAGUCAGCAGGAAGGCGUCGCGGGCGUCCGCGACGAGCAGUGCCCGUUCAAAAUUACACUUGGCCAAAGAGUAACAGCCAGAUUGAGGGAGGUUCAUUCGAAGAAGAUGAUUCGAAUCGCACGGAUCUUGCAGAGGAAAGGCUUGCUGUGUCUCAGACUCCCGAAAAUCUUGUACCUGUUGCACAAAAGGCCAUCGCAGUCGAGAACGAACCUUUGUCGGUUGAUUUUGACAUGGACGAUGCCUUCUCCGCUCUUGCUGUACAGGACCGCGAAGCAUGCCCAGAGCGACUGCCAUAUCUCUCCUCUUUGCAACGAUCGGUUCUGCACAAUGUGCCCAGUGGCUUUGAGUGGGACCAGCUAGUUAGUCGCGACUGGCAAGGCACCCUGAUACACGUAGAUUUCAAUUCGAUAGAACUGGAUACUGUGGAGAACACGAUUACGAGCUUGCUCGGCCCUCAGCGAGAUCUACAACCGCAACUUCAACGAAAACGUCUCCGCAGAAUAUUGAAUGGGGUAACAGAGCCCAAACUUCUACAGCUGGCUGGUGUACUGCGAUCAAAACUGCGUUCUCGAGGACGACGAAGCAUUGAUGCUUUUCUCCGAGACGCACAAGAGGAUAAGGUUCGUAGCGCUGCCCCUCGCAUCGAGAGGCUAGCAGCUUCAAGGCCUAACAAAUCUUUUAAUUCGGAAGCGAGAUUGUCCACGUCCGCUGUGAUUCGACGACGGGAACUGGGCCUUCAAUCAAACAGAGGUUGGAGCUCAGCAACAUCACCGAUCUCAUAUCAGUUAAAAAACAAGGUUCAGGACACUCUCGGACCCGUCUCCUCCUACACCGGCGCCUCCAGCGAUGUACAUGCUGUUGCUUGGUCUGUCGGCGGGGAAUGCUUCGCCGCUGGUGCGAUUUGCGUUGACGAUCCUCAUUCUAUGCAGUAUAAUCGAUCAAACAAUCUCUUAUAUGGCGACGUGUCUCGUAACACCAUCAUCGAGUUGGGAAAACACUACGUCGAGAGGCCAAUGACCGAGAUGGGCCCGAAUUCCACCCAUGCAAUGUAUGCUUCGCAAGAUCCAAAACUAUUCAAGACAGUCACGUCAGUUGCCUUCUCUCCGAAUGGGAAAUACAUGUUUUCUGGUGGGUGGGACCAGAACGUGUGGAUCUGGGAGACGAAAUACGACGGCUCGCAACCGAUUGAUGCUGUUUCCUUGCAUCACAAAUCAGAAGUGAGCAUGAUGGCCGUCAAUGCUUCGGGCGUCCUUGCAACCGGUACCAGGAAAUCGACUGGCAAUGCCGUGAAGGUCCUAAGCUUGUGCGAAGAUGAUUUGACGCAGCCACCUGUCACUCUAAAUUUCGCCUCUGAAAAGGCAGCGGCUAGGCCUGACCUGAUGAUGCUUCCCAUGGCGCUCCACUUCUCGCCAAGAUAUGAGAACCUUCUGCUUGCGGGUUUUGGUGCCAACGCGCGCCAAGAUGGACGGGAUGCAAAUGGAGACAUCUGCCUAUGGGACAUCAACGGAAACAAGCAACUCAACAUUUGGGGCGCGGGAAAGAACGUUUUUGAUUUGUCAUUCCAUCCUAGGGAGCGAUGGAUGGCAGUAGCGACCGUCGCAGGCCAGAACACCAACCGAGGAAUGCGUUCGACGGUCCGUGUGUAUAGCGAACAGGGUGGCGCUGCGGACGACAAGUUCAGCACGCUCAUGGAGCUCGAGUGUCAGGCGCUGGAUAUCAACGACGUAGUGUGGUGUCCGGGCGAUGAAUAUCUGGUCGCUGCCGGAUGCACAAGCGGACGAGCAUAUGUAUGGGAUAUCCGCAACCCGAAUCACUUCGUUCGUGAGCUUGCCCACGGCAGCUCUCUAAUGCCUCUCGAUGAUCGUGAAGAUCGAGAGGUCGUGGACACCGGCAUCCGUUUUCUCAGUUGGGGUAAUAACGCCACACGCCUUUACAGUGGCUCAUCUGACGGAGUGGUGAAGGUCUGGAACGUCGCGCGAUCGGAGGAAGAGACGUUUGUAAAGGAUCUCAUCACCGUUGAUUCUGGCAUCAUGUCCGGAGCCUUCAGCCCCGAUUACAGCAGACUCGUGUUGGGCGAGGUCAAUGGGUCUGUCAACGUCCUCGAAGUUGGCCGGGACGACUGCUCUCUCAAGAACGCAUCCAGGAUGAAUUACGUUCCUUUUAUAGACGACGAACCCGACUUUGAGAAACAAUUGCCAACACCCACGUCCGCAGCUGCCGACUCCGGAGUCGCCACAGCUAGGGAGCUCUUCGCGACUGGCCAAAUGACAAUCAAGCCGAUGGGUGGCCUUCCUAUCAAACAAGCAGUGCAAGGCCCUUCCUACGCUGGACCCUACGAUACGAGUGUUGACGCACCCUUCCUUCGCGAACAAGCUUCGGAAAUGCAACUUAAGUUUCCUGAAACGUCAGAGUCUCCAUGUUCAGCAUGCCUUGUCUUCGGAUCGGAUCCUGUCAAGAUUACGAGCGAGGAGAUUGGCGACUCUGGCAGGAGCGUGGAUCGGAUUCCUGAGGAAAUACGCUCGCGAUGGUUAGCCGGGACAGUAGAUCUCAAGAUUCCACCCACACAGGUUCCGUGUGCAACGUGCGGACGUGCUGCUCGGCCUUCAGACAGAACCAAUCUUGGGGAUGGUACACCGCUGCCGGCAAGGUGUGAGCGCUGCAAUUUCGCAUGUCUGCGAUGCGGCGACAACAUGACCCUCUCGAUGAACAUUAAGAAUGAGAUAUGUCAUUGUAAUGCAUGCGGACUGGGAUGGCAUAUUGGGGUCCUGGGCUACGAACCCAUGGGAGUAAAUUCUGUUAAACGACCACGAAGAAUAAUAUACAACGACAUCCCUAAGCUUGAUGGCUUCAAGCAUGAUUUGUACCUCGCGGAACUCGAGACGGGUUCGCCCACAGGUGACGAGGACGCGAGCUUCGGAGACGAAAUGAAUGCGUUGACGGAUUACUACUUCUCCUUGGCAGUCGACCGCCCGCAGUCGCCGCCGCUGCUAUGA